CUGCUCCGUGGCUCGUUCCCUGCGGACUAGCGCCUCGGGCGUGACCAGGAGACAUGAGCGCUAGCUGGGGGAACCCGGGAUGGGUGAGGCUCGCGCUGUGCCUCGCGGGCUUAGUGCUCUCCCUGUACGCGCUGCACGUGAAGGCGGCGCGCGCCCGGGACCGGGAUUACCGUGCGCUCUGCGACGUGGGCACCGCCAUCAGCUGUUCGCGCGUUUUCUCCUCCAGGUGGGGCCGGGGCUUUGGACUGGUGGAACAGGUGCUCGGCCAGGACAGCAUCCUCAAUCAAUCCAAUAGCAUAUUCGGUUGCAUCUUCUACACUUUACAGCUGUUAUUAGGUUGCCUCCGGGCCCGCUGGGCAUCUAUCCUGCUGGUGCUGAGUUCCCUGGUGUCUCUUAUCGGUUCUGUCUACCUGGCCUGGAUCCUAUUCUUCGUACUCUAUGAUUUCUGCAUCGUUUGCAUCACCACCUAUGCCAUCAAUGUGGGCCUGGUUGUGCUCAGCUUCCGGAAGGUCCAGGAGCCGCAGGGCAAGGUCAAGGGGCACUGAGCCCUCACCCAAGCCAGGCUGACCUCAUGCUCUGCCAAGGGGGCCAUGUCUGGGUCCUUAGAAGAGUCUGCAACCUAACGCCACCAUACUCCCACACAAGACAAUGGACCAAAUGUGCCACACUCUUUUCUCCACCCUAGUGCCUCUGGCUCUGUCCCCAAGGGCUGGUUUCCAAAGUUCCUGCCAUCGCCCAAGGAGGGAAGGUUCUGAGCAAUAAAAUUUCUUAAAUAAA